ACUAUUACUGAUUGCUCUCUCCUCUUUCAAUAUGGCGGUCCCCUACCCACCCAUCCCUAGCUCUUCUUCCCUUCACCCCCCAGUUUACCAAGGCAGCCCAUAGAAAACAACAAUCAUCUCUCUCUCUCUCUCUCUCUCUCUCUCUCUCUCGGGAAUUGGUUUUUGCUUCUAGGUUAGAGGGGAGCUCCAGCUUCAUUCUACCUUGUGUUUAUUUUUCAGUUUUCUUCUUUGGUCCAUGGUAGUAGGUAUAUGAAAAAACUUCAUCAAUAGCCAUGAAGGCACUUAGAUUCUCCCUUCUACUAUAUACCAUCACCAUAGUUAUUACACUUCUCCAUCUUCUCUCCCCAGUUGUCUGCUUCAGUCAUAAACCACCUUCAGACACAACUCGGGGUUUACAAUUUGAAGAGAAAAAGAGACUGGGUUCAACACCACCGAGUUGUCACAACAAGUGCAACCAGUGCCACCCUUGCAUGGCGGUGCAAAUACCAAGCCUACCGAGUCACAACCAGCUGGAACCGGGUCGAAGCCGAGUCAACCACAACGAGUACUUCGACUCAUCGGCAUUGCCUUUAGCUACUGCCAGUUACAAGUACUCCAAUUACAAACCUCUUGGUUGGAAAUGCAGUUGUGGUGACCACUUCUUCAACCCUUGAUUGUGAAAAGCCUGUUCUCUCUCUCCAGUUGACUUGAGGAUUCAGUCCAAAUUUUUGAAAAGAGGCUCUGGGUUCCAAAAUUCUUCUCACAUUUUCUGGAGUUAUAAGGAGUUUGGCGUAAUUUAUUUAUUUUGGCUUUUUUUUCUUUCUGAACUUCUCAGUUUUGCGUCAAAUUUAUGUAUUUAGAUUAAUUAUGCCUCUUAGUGAGAGGAACUUAGAAAAAAAAAAAAAAAGAAUGGAAAAAAGGUAAAGAAAAUCACUAAGGCCAAACAUAAUCUAAAACAGACAGAUUCUUAGAUUAUUUUUGUCUUUUCUAAACCUUUUUCAAGUUUGACCCAGGAAUUUUAGCUUCUCUUGUUCCCUCGUUGAGGCGAAUAAAUUAUGUACCAAAUUGAAGCAAAAUUGACAAAGCUCAGAAAAGAAAUAAAAAAGCCAAAAUAAAUAAAUCAGGCAAACCCAAGAAACUCUAAAAAUAAAAUAAAAUAAAAAGUGGAGGGGGUGGCAAAUUUUAUAUAUGUGUUUAGUUUGCAAAACCUUGUAAUAUAUAGUGUGUGUGAUUUUUUGGUACUUUUUUUUUAUUUGGAUUGAUCUUGGAAUAGGGUACCCCUAGACUUGAUGUAGGGACAAGAAACAUUAAAUAGAUUUUGGAAUUUCUGUUUGCUUGCAUUAUUGUAAUUAUUGUAGAGAUUGUGUGCAAGUUGUAAUUGACUUGGUUGGUACUAUGUGUUGCCUCUGUAAAUAAUGAGAAGUUUCUAUGUUACUUCUUCUGAAA